AUGGACGAUUUCAAUGCAUAUCGGGCAAUGUGCGCCAAUCGUUUACGGCGUCUUGAGCGCUACAAGAAAGCCCGAAGCUUUUGCAACAUUGACGACGAGAAUCAGAGCUCGGCCUCCGAGAUUCCCAUUUCCGCUCCACCGUAUUGCGCAGAAGACGCGACGUCUUCUGAACGGUUUUUCAACGCCAGUUCUCAUGGGGGAACGGCGGCUGCCUUCGACGUGAUUCGGGAGAAAAUGCUCUCACUGAUGGAAAACGACAUGUCCCUUCUGCAGCAGCUGCUCACGUUAGGCGAUCAGAUUACUGAAAUGAAAAAGCUGAAGGAACAGAGCAUGAGGAAGACGCAAAGUCACACCAGUUUGGACGACGAGGAUGACUCAGAGGAUCAAUUCGAUGACGAAUUCUCGGCGUCGAUGUCAGCUGUGACAACUUUGCGAGUGGGCGAAAGCGAGCCACAGUACUUCUCACGGCAGAACAGCGUCCUGAGAAUUCCCAUCCCUCCACGAAGUAGCAAUCGAUUUGGACACAGGAAAAUUCCACGACGUCCAUCUGAAAUGAUGAGAACGGGGCCGUCGUCGUUCGCACACUACACCGCGUCAGCCACAAUGCAUUCUGAUGACGUGGUCGAGGCCGUGGUCGCCUCUGCCAAGGCGGUCGAGUGCUGUCCAAUCGACCCGGCCUACAUGACCACAAAGAAUCGCUCGUCGAAUUCGUCAAUUGACUCCGGGAUUAGAGAGUCGUCUUCAGAAUCUCCGUCACCCACCUUUGGUAAAGAAGUUGUGUGA